AUGGGCUGCCGGUAUGCUGUGCUCGCAUUAGCUGUAGCUUAUUUCGCAGGCUCGAUCGCAGCCAACGAUUCGCAGAUUGUCGCUGUUAAAGGCCCUGCUUCGAUUCGAUUUACACCUGCAAUCCAUGUCGUCCGUGGAAGGUUCUUGAGGGCUGCGAACACCGCUGACGAGCGCAACGAGGACAGGGGAAUCAAUCUCAAGUCAAUGCCUGGCUUCGAAAAAAUAGCAAGUCUGUUCACGAAGAAGAACACGCCAGGCCCGCUCUUAAGUUGGUUCGAAAAGAAGAAGUCACCGGACUACGUAUUUCUUAAAUUAAAGAUUAACAAGGGCAAGCAACAGCUUUUUGACCACCCCGACUGGAACGUCUGGGUUCAGUACACGACCAGUGUGGUGAAGUCGGAUCCGGAAGAAGCAAUGAUCGCCGCACUGAGGACACACUACACUGACGAUAUUCUGUCAAAGCUUCUCGAGUCGGCCAAGAACGUCCCGAAGACUAGUGGACUUGCCACCAAAAUGCAAAUGGAGCAUUGGGUGGCCAGCAAGACACCGAGCCAAAUGUUUCAGUUCCUUCGGCUUGAUAAGGUCCGCAACGGAGUCCUCGACGACCCGACGCUUUCCAUCUGGAUUAACUACAUGAAGCUGUACAAUUCCAAGCCAGUGAACAAGAAGCAGCAAGUGACUUUAGUCAGCAUGCUGACAACACACUACAAAGAUCGAGGAGUGCUGGACAUCAUUGAAGCGGCGAAGAAAGUCCCGAAAACGGCUCCCGCUGCGAGACAAUUGGAAAUGGAACAAAUCCAGUUUUGGUUAAAGAAUGGCAAGUCACCGGACGAGCUACUCACGGUUUUGUCCCUCGAUAAGGCCGGAAACCAGCUCCUCGCCAGUCCGCGAUUCAAAUUUUGGUCCAAGUACGUCGACAACUACAACAGAGACUUCCCCGACGAGGCUACAACCGUGAUGGCGACUUUGCGGAACCAGCUCGGCGACGAAGACAUCACGCCAAUUCUAAUAGCUGCAGGGAAAGUACCAAGCACCGAAAAGGCCGCCGCUAAACUGCAGGCCGAGCAGUUCAAAAGCUGGCUACGUGAAAACGAAGAUCCGGCGAAAGUUUUCCAGCUGCUAAAGCUCGACAAUUCAGCGGAUGAUCUUCUGGGCAGUCCACAGUUUAAACUUUGGGGGAAGUACGUGGAAGAUCUCAACUUGAAGCCAGAACACAACGACCUUCAAGUCUCCAUUAUCACCAUCUUGCGGAAAAACUAUGGCGACGAUGUGCUGGGGAACAUGGUACUUGCUGGGAAGAAGGCUCCUAGUACGAGCUUUAUGGCCCGACGACUUGAGGACGAGCUCUACAAGGGAUGGAUUGCCGCAGGCUCGUCACCCGACGGUGUCUUCAAGCACCUGAAAUUCGACAAGGCGGGAGAAAACGUGAUCCAAAGCCCGCUCUGGGGCCUGUAUACAAAGUUUUUGGAGCACUAUUACAAGUCGUUCCCGACGCCAAUGAUGUCGGCACUUGCGAAAGGCUACGAUGGAGAUGCGCUCGCGAAACUUCUCAUUGCAGCGGAGAAAAUCCCGACUUCGAACACGCUGGCAACGAAGCUACAAACUGGCCAAAUUCAACGUUGGCUGGAUGAUAAGGACCAGCCAGGAAAGAUAUUCAAGGCGCUCUUGCUUGACGACAUGGCGGACGACAUUCUCACCAGCCCGCUGUUCAAUACCUGGACAAGGUACUUGGAUGAGUUCAACAAGAAGUUCCCUGAUGAGAAAGUGUCCAUGACGGACACGUUCCGCACCAGCCUGGACGAUGAAACUUUGAAAAGUUUACUCAUCACAGCAAAGGAACUUCCCGACAUGAAAACGCUUUCGACCAAGCUACAGACAGUCCAGAUUGAGCGUUGGUUGGCGAGUAAAACCUCUCCGGAGGAUGCUUUCGCAGUACUCGCACUUAAUAAAGCAGGGGGCAACGUUCUGUCGAAGCCAUUGCUGAACACGUGGGCGGCGUAUCUGGAGAGUUUCAACGCCAAGUUCCCAAGAUCGCGAGUUUCAAUGAUUGACACAUUUAGAGAAUUUUUCGGCGACAAAGCGUUACUGACUACGCUAGCUGCGGCGAAGGAGGUUGAAAGCACCAAGAAAGUGGCGACGAGUUUGCAGGAUUCGCUCCUUUCGAAGUGGGUACUGGCUAAGAAACCCCCAAGCGGCGUAGCUAAGCUGGUGGGGACGGAUGAGGCGGGCGCGAAGCUACUGAAAACCUACACCACCAAGUAUAUGGAAAGAUACGGGCAGUGA